AUGGCUGAGUCCAUUAGUGAGAGAACACUCAAAUCAUGGUCAAAACAAGUCGGGGACACCGUUGCCACUGAUGAAGAAAUAGCAACCAUUGAAACUGACAGCCUCUCCUCCUUGACAUGCUCACAAAAUGAUCAAUGUCAAACUCGUCCGGCACGUCCACUUCUUCCAGGACCCCUCGCAAGCUGCAGUGCAAUAUGCCACUUAAGCUAUCAUAGGCAAGCACGCCGAUAUCCUAGGGCUGAUUGA